AUGGACCAGAGUGUGUCGCGCACGGCGGCGACGGCGCAGAGCCCGACGGGUCCUGGGAGGUCAACAGGCCAGCAGGCUUGCUCCCCUGGUUGUCACGGGCAACCAGUCCAGGACACAGAGGCAUAUUCCCGUCAGGACCUCGACCAGGACCCUCUCAAUCGAGGCUGUCAUGCGACACGUCCAGCAGCACCGGAGGCGAGACAAGCGGCGCACAAGCAGUUGGGCCAGCGAGGCUCGAGGCAUGCGAUGGAGGAACCCGCUCUGUGGCUGGAAGAAGAAAGGCGAGGCGGCCAGGGUUACUGA